UGUGGGACUAUGUGGAGGUCUCGCUCUGCAGCUGACCCCUUGGCAAGGGGCAGCUUCUUUUCUAAACCCUGCAGCUGCUUCUGCCCAGUCAGGGGAGUCCAUCUAGUUUCACGGGGCCUGAUUUUCUUCUCCGUUCUACAGAUCUCUCUCCAUUAAGAUCAUUGGGUGACUCCAGGCUUGGGCUGGUGUGAGUGAGGCCUUGUCUUCACCUUAGGGUGACCAGAUGUCCCGAUUUUAUAGGGACAGUCCCGAUUUUGGGGUCUUUUUCGUAUAUAGGUUCCUAUUACCCCCCCACCCCCUGUCCUGAUUUUUCACACGUGGUGUCUGGUCACCCUACUUCACCUACAGUGGCACAGCUCUCCUGUCGGCGUCGUUAACCCACCUCCCCGAGAGGCGGUAGCUGUGUUGACGGGAGAAGCUCUCCGGUCGGCGCAGCACUGUCUAGGCGGAGGGUAAGGUCGGUGUAACUCCGUUGCUCGGGGGUAUGGAUUUUUCACACCCCUGAGUGACGUAGUUAUAACGAUAUAGGGCUGUAGCGCAGACCUGGCCUGAGAGGAGAAUUUGGCCCCUGGCCUCAGCCGUAUUGUGCCAGGCACUGAGAACAGCUGGGAAAUGUCUGCGGAGGCGGCUCCGGGAAAUGGGCAUUUCCAGCAUGUGUGUUACACAAACUGUUUCCCCCGAAAAUACCGAUGGAGCCAGAGGGAGCAGAGGCGGCGCUGAGAAAGGCGGAGGGGGUGGCUGGAGGGAGAGAGAGGGAGGCUGUUCCAGACAGCAGGCGUUGGAGAGGAGAAGACUCUUGCAGUAGCAGGCUAUUGUCGGGGGACAGAGAGGAGGCAGGGGAAGGCGAGAGUUGGUCAGGGGCAGCUUUGCCUGGAGUUACAAAGCUUUAGCAAACAGGCUGAAACGGACAUAUUUCCAUUACCCAGUUCAUUGACUUCCCUGCUCCCUGAGUUGGGUUAUGCUGCUGAGUAACGUGCUAGGAAGCCCGUGAAGCCCCUAAACACCUCGUUGAGAGAUGAUCUCUGUGGGCCUGAUUCUCCACCGCCACGUGCGACACGCAGUCACUUACGCCAGUGCUGCCAGGUCAGACAGGGAGUGACUCGCACCCGCGUUGCACUGUCAGCGACAAGCCAGGGGAGCAGAGUCAGGGUGGAACGGGUGAGGUGAUGGGGCAGAUGAAGCCGGGGUGGAAUGGCAGUAGAAUCUCUGGGCACCAGGGCUGGAUGAGAUGCUGCUGCUGACAUCGGUAGUGCCAGGGUGCAGGGCCCUGUGCCGCUGGAGUGUUGUUAUGCUUAUAAGAAGCACAGGGGAUCGUUUUCAGGGGAAAAGGCAAUACGCUGCAUUUACUGACGAUACAACAAAUUAGCAUAUGCAUUUAAUUACAUUACACACACACACAGUCCCACCAGUUAACGUUACAGUUACCAGUCCAGAGUCCGGAUCGAUCCAGUGGCCAGCGAGGUUGAUCACGGGUAGGGAGGAGCCGGGCUCCGUCAGUCCCGACACGAUGAUCCGGGGAAGUCUUGGCAGGACGAGCCCAAGGUUUCAUGGCAAGGCCCCCUGUUUAUAUAGUGAUUUUGUUUUUAUUGGGACCAAUGAGUUUUGCACCGUCCUGCUAUAAUUGUUGUUUGACGAGUGUUUGUUUUUUUUAAAUCGUUGGGUCUUUUUUUUUGAGGGAGUUAUUUUAUGCUGGUUUUGAUUAGAGCUAUUUUAUUUUUAUUGCUGGGGCCUGUUUUAUUUUUUGAGUUGUUCAUUUGCCCGCUUUUGACAUUUUAAUAGGGGCGCGGUGCAGCCUCCUGGUGCGCGGCCGUUUGGCGCCGGGUUUUUUAGACGCUCUGGUUUAGUGAUGGCCUUGACACUUAGGCUUUACUAUACAUUUUUUUAUUUACACACAAAACAGAAUUAAUUUACACAGAACAUUUUGAACAGGGGCCAUUACAUUGCAAUGCAAAAGAAAAACAAUGACGGCUUCUUUUACUUAUUUUAAAAUGCUAAAUCUACAACAAAGGGAUGACCCUUAAAGGUUUGUUACUGCCUUGAAAUUAGUCCCGAUACAAAGAAAUUCUGGCAGAUGCAUGUCUACCAAUGGCACAUUAGGCCAGUCCUUUUUGCUACUCAAAAAGGGUGGCUGGCAGGCUAUGGUGAAAUCAUACAGGAAUACAUUUCAUUAUUAUUUUAUUUUUUUAAAUUAUACAAAAUACAAACAUAAAAUGUUACUAUUACUUGUCACCCUUUUUGACCCUUCAAGACCAGUUCUUGAGUGCGUCAUAGUUUAUACAACUGUUUCAGAGCAAUAUAUUGAGAGGCAAUUUGAGCCUGUGGUUGUAAUUUAACAAACAUGCUUUUUGUUCAACAGCACAUGCAACACAUUUCUAGCAAGCAAACACAGGACACUAUUAACACAACUAGUAACGGGUGACACAUGAUAGACAAUAGGCCCUUAGACGUUGGGCACCGGCCUGUAAAAACGUCCUACCAGUGUUAGGCUGGGUUUUUAGACCUAGCAAUUUGCAUGUUUUUAUUUGCAUGUAAUAUGUGAAUGACACAUUUCCCUCUAUUCCUUUGUGUCUGUGCUUUCUCGGAGAUGAUUAAACAGGUUGAGCCUUUUGGUGGCAGACAAAUGGAGCAGAGCAAGUAUAUCUGCAGUGAGCUGCGGUCUGUUUAAUGCAGCUGGAGCUGAGUAAUGCCUGUGUUAGUGUCUGUGCUUGGAGGGGCUGGCGGGAGAGGGUGAGGGAAGCAGUCAGAGAGGAAGGCUGGUUUUGUGGCUGAGACAAUGGAUCGGGAUUCAGGAGUUCUAGGGUCAAUUCUCUGUUGUGCCACAGGCUGCCUGGGUGACCUUGGGCAAAUCACCUGACCGGUCUGUGCUCAGUUCCUCAUCUGUAAAAUGUAGAUACCGAGACUUCCUUUUUCCCACCCUUCAGCUGGUUUAUCUCUUCGGCUUGUAAACCCUUUGGGGAAGCAACUGUGGGUCUGUGGAGCACCUAGUGCGGUGGGACCCUGAGCUCAGCUGCGGUAUCUCAGCACGGCCGUAAUACAAUGAAAUAAUCUGUGCAGCCAGCCAGUCACGUCACUGACCGGAUUAUGGGCUGCAGCAGUGGGCGCGUGUAUCAGCAAGCAUCAUUCCCGAGCCAUGGAUGCAGGGUGGCCAUCAUACGCUAAGCUCUUGCUUGGCUUGUCUCAUUACGAAAUCUCUGGGUUUCCUGUAUGAUGAGGGACAGCAGGUAGAGCGGGGGCUUAGCUGGUAAAGUGAGGUGAAGCAUCUAGCCCCCAAACUCUGAUCUGCAAUGCCUGAGGAUUCACUGAGGGGUGUGUCUGCCUGUCUGGCAGCUGUGUUGAUGUGGGGACCAUGUUUUCUAAAGCACUCAGCUCCCAAUUAGGGGUCAGAGUAAAGGCCAGACUUCUUAAAAGUGGACCCAAUGUGCUGAGCCCUAGCGAAUCUGGCCCUGAUUGUGGGGGCUGGGCUUUUGAAAAUUCUGGCCUAAGCAUGUUGAGUGCCCUCUAGUGGUAGUUCCAAUGAUAGUUCUACUUAGUACAGGAAAUGGCCGUUGGACUACGUUACCCAGAAGCCUUAGGAGGAAGUUGAUUGUUUCAUUGCCCGGUGUGUCAUCAGCAAUGAACCUAAAAGUUCCUUAUAAAACAAACCCCCUCCCACACGUGUCUAAUAUGCCACAAUCUCCCUGCUUCCCAGUCAGGCACCAGGAGGCAAAGAGCAACUCUGGAGGCAGCACGGUGCAGCGUUCCAAGUCGUUCAGCCUGAAAGCCCAGGUGAAGGAGAUGUGCGCGGCCUGCCAAAAACCCGUCUACCCCAUGGAGCGGCUGGUGGCCGAUAAAUUCGUCUUCCAUAACGCCUGCUUCUGCUGCAAGCACUGCAAUGCCAAGCUCAGCCUGGGCAGCUACGCGGCGCUGCACGGCGAGUUCUACUGCAAGCCCCACUUCCAGCAGCUGUUCAAGAGCAAAGGCAACUACGACGAGGGGUUCGGGCGCAAGCAGCACAAGGAGCUGUGGGUGCACAAGGAGGUGGAGAGCGGGACCAAGACGGCGUGAUGGGGCCCGUUCCCGCCCCCCCACCCCGCCGACCCCAGAAGGGGCAACGUGGAGUGCACAGCUGAACCGAGGGCUGACUGAGCUGCUGUAAAACAAAGGGGACCCGCAGGGGGCAGGCAGAUGCCGCCCGGCUCCAAACAGCCACGUGGCCGGGGUGGCGGGGGCGUGUCCUUUGGCAGGUGGGUGCUGGGAAGCGCAAGGCUCAGUGGGGGCAGUUGGAGGGGGCCGACCUGACUGGAGGAUGAGCCUUGAGAGCAGGUGCUCGGUGGGAGAGGGUCAGGGCUGGCCUGGGUGUAUCUGCUAAUAUCUAUAUGGGGCCCCCCCCCCCUUGCAGAAAUCGGGGAAGAGCCGCUGGGCGCCUGCCAGACGAGCAUGCAAAGUGCACGUCCUUUAACCCCGUCCCCAUUCACGAGGCCCAGGUGUCUGCUGCUCUGGAGAAGGAAGCAGCUGGGAGCCCACAGAGCCAGUGCCAUGGUGUCAGCUGCCCCCCUCCCACUCCCGUCCUGCCUGCCGGAGAAGCGGGGGUGGGGUGUCGCUCUUUGGUUUGCAGCAGCUCAGGCCAGCUGAGGUUGUUCAGCCUUCCCGAGGUUGCCCCGUGACCGUUUAACGUUGUCUGUCUGGUUUUUCUAUUUGCCUUUGAUUGGUACGUUCUGCACCGGGCCGCGGCCACGCGCUUUUUUUGAUUAUUUUUGUAAUACAAGGUUUCCGAGCCUUGCCUGCCUCGUUCUGCUUUCUGGGGGGGUCAGAGCCGAUGGUGGGGGUGAGUGCCCCCUGCUGGCCAGAUGCUAGAGUUGACUGCCCCAGAGAGCCCCCGCUUUGCCAGCCACAUGGACAGGAGGUGGUGGGAGGCGGAAGGUGCCUCCCCUGCCUGGGCGUCAUACCAGGCCCUUUCAGGUAGCAUUUCUACCAGUGAGUCACACGGGAAUCUCCUCAUGCCGGGGCUGGGCUGAGCUGGCCGUCACCCAGGGCAGCUCAGCCUGCAGGUGCCGCUAAGAGCUGGCUGGGUGAGUCUAACUGAGCCUGGCUCCAGCCCCGCAGCCAGGGUGUCUGAGCAGGGACAGACAGCAAGCGAAGUGCGGGCGGCUGCAUGCAGAGUGUGCGUCACACAAGUGUGUGUGUGCAUCUGGCAGAGGGUGGGUGCAAAGACAGCAGAACCCACAUCCUGAACCCUGGCUGACCGCCAGCACACGCAGCGCAAGGUGC